GGCGGCUUGGAGUUGAAACACUAUUGCGAACCCUCUUCUACUCUCAGUCACAGAGAGGAAGCGAAGAGCAUCGCCUCGCCUCGCCUCCUUUGAUCAUCUUCAUCUUAAGAGGGGGAAGCGAAGGUAGCCUCUGGUUUCCGUCCAGUAUAUUCUCCAUGAGUUCCAUCUUUGAAACAAUAGGGAGUCAGCAAGUUGAUGUUCACUAUGUAACUACCGGCGCCCCUGGCAGGGUUGAAGAGAAUUUUGAAGAAUUUUACUUUGAACAUGACGAUCACUUUCUUCAAGAGGUUCUCCAAGAUCAGGAAACUGUGUACCAGUCACUCCAGGCAAGUAAUGGGAAUGACUGGGCUAAAGCUUCUGCUAGUGGUAGUUCUAAUGUGAAUCAUGGACGAAGUAGUGGGGAGGAUCAGGAUGUGGAAAAAGAGGGAGAAUCUUCACACGUUGCAGAUGUUGAGGCACAAUUAAAACUGGAUGAAGCUUUAGCUAUAAGUUUGCAGGCGGUGGAGAAUCAGUUUCUUGUUUCCUCCCUUAGUGAGUCAACUGAAACUGAAGCAGUCAACAGAGAGGUCAAUUCCACAAACACUUCUUCCCAGUUUCAGGCUGUGAGACAAGAUAACAUUGAGCCAGAUAACAUGACAUAUGAGGCAUUGCUAUCGCUAGGAGAGGAUAUUGGCACUGAGAGUAGAGGAUUAUCAGAAGAUCUUAUUUCAUAUUUGCCGAAGUCCAAGUACAGCACAGGGGGGUUCUUCUCAAAAAAAGACAAAACUGAGGAGUGUGUGAUCUGUUUUACGCUAUACAAAAACCGGGAUAAAUUGAUCACCUUGCCAUGCCAGCACCAAUAUCAUUCAAAAUGCAUCACACCGUGGUUGAAGCUAAAUAAGGCAUGCCCUGUGUGCAAGGAGGAAGUAUUUGGGUCUUGAUCGUGGGAAACGCUUGCACUGAAGUAAAUAACGCUAUCGCUCCUGUACUGGGUAGCUAUGGAUCAGAUUUGGUACAUAAAACAGGAAGGUCCUUGUAGUCCAGUCUUAUUUGAAUCAUGGAUUAAGUAAGUAAUUAUAUAAUUAGGCGUAUAUACUGCUUGGAUCGGUUUGAUAGUUCCCUCAGCUGUACUAUGGAAAUGAAAAUAGAAUCGUUGCCAUAGGGAAUUGAUUCUUCUUCUAGGCACAACGUAAAUCGGUUGAUGAUGAUACCUCUGCAGAUUAUUACGUAAAGCUUUCCAUUAUGCAGAAUAAUGAUGAUUGAAUAAUUACUUAAAAGAGUUUUCGUUA